AUGCCUUCCUUGGAACUGCGACCACGAGUCAUAUCGUUGAAUGUUAUGAUAGCGGGUCUCUCGGGUCUCGGCAAAACGACAACUUGCUCCACACUCCUCGAAUUGUGGCAACAUGACGAAGAAUCUCAAUCGCAAAAUAACAACGGAGAGGCCUCGCGUAAAGGCACUCUGGCCAAACGGUUCCUAGAUCGGCAGCCUGCCCUGUCGACAAAAUUGAAAUCAAACUAUCGACCAAAACCACCUUCACAGACCAUGGUGGUCGAUCCCUCGCGUCAGUUUUCUCGCUUCGAUCCCAUGAGCAAUACCAUUUUAAGAGUGAGAAUAAUCGAUACGCCAGGCUUUGGUAACCGUGUCAAUCAUCGAGAUGCGGUGCGUCCGAUUGCCAAGUACAUGCAAAAGUGUCGAUCGAGACAGUACAAGGCCGAAAUAACCUCCACGACGCUCCCAGAUGAACACGUCGAAGCCUGCGACGACUUGAUUCACGUUUGCCUUUACUUUUUGUCACCGGGGAGAUUCUUGGAAAUGGACUCUUAUUUUCUGAAACGAAUCCAAUCCGAGGUCUGCGUCGUACCGAUAAUUGCCAAGGCAGACACCUUGACGGACGAGGAACUCACGGCAUAUCGCGCCGAAAUCACCAAAGCUUUCGCCAGAGAAGGCAUUGUGCCGUAUUUGUUUGAUGCCCAAAAGAACAAUAACAAUAACAACAACAGCAACAACAGCAAAGAGUCACAGGAAGUGCCCUUUGUCUCCAGUCGCGGUCGUCGAGCUGGAGAAGCCUUGGCUGUUGUGUCGCGCGAUGGUUUAUAUACAUGGGGAGAUGUCCGAUCAUUGGACCCGGUGCACUCGGACCUCCUUUUGGUUCGAGACUUGUUGCUGUCGCAACACACCGAGGCUUUUGUGCAGCUGGCUCGGGGCAAGUACGGCGUCUAUCGAGCAAGGCGCAUUCAGAGAAGAAAGAUUGCUGACAUUGUCAAAUACGGUGUCAUCAGCGUUCUUGCGCUUCGGGCGAUGGGUGUGCCGUUGCCGUAUCUGAACAGUUUCAAUCUGAGAUCGCUCGUUUCGCAGCUUGCGGUGCAGGUGCAUGGGGCCGUGAGGGAAUGUGUCGACAUACGAUGGUAG